CUUGUAAGAAAUGUCCAUGUAUCAUAAUAAAUACAAGUGUAUCGAGUUUUUGUAUAUAUAGAGGUCUAUGACUUGGGAAGAAGAACACAACACAACUCACCACAAACACAAUCUAAUCCAAAAAAUCAAAAGAUGAAUGCCACAAAGUUUGUUGUGCUUCUCGUGAUUGGCAUUUUGUGUGCCAUUGUCACCGCAAGGCAGGUCAAAGAUUUGUCCACGGAGACCAAAUUAGGGGCCUCUCUUCCAAAAACUACUACCAAAGGCAUUGGAGCUCAGCUUUCUGCAACUGGCACAACUUACAGCACCAGCAGUGUCGUUAGCUAUGCUAAUGGUUUUAACAAUCCCAAAGGUCCAGGGGCCAAUUCAUUCGAAAGUGCCAACACAUUUACCAGCGGACAAGUCACUGCCAAGGGUCGCAAGGCAAGAGUUUCUUCUACAAGUGCUUCUGCCGCUGAAGGCGAUGCUGCAGCUGCAGUGACUCGCAAAGCUGCUGCUGCACGUGCAAACGGUAAGGUAGCUUCCGCAUCAAGGGUGAAGGGUUCCUCUGAGAAGAAGAAGGGCAAAGGAAAAAAGGAUUGAGCGUGAGGUGCUCUCAUAUUCUCAUGCAUGCGUAUUCCUCAAACCUAUAUAUUAAUAAUAUCCUAAAAACUACAAACUCACAAUCUCUAUCUUGUUCAUAAAUAAAACCAGAGAUUGUCACCUCUAUAUAUUAUUAUGAAAUGCUACUCUUUCUCAUGUAAUGGCUUUUUUAAAAAUAAAAUAAAUGCAAUAAAUCUUAUACUAAUCUU